AUGGGUCUACUAACAGUUGGAGAACCACUCAGCUGGACCGAAACUAAAGCACUAGCUGAGUUUGUGCGUGAACAUGGCAUUGAGCAGUUCCUCAACAUUUUUCACGCCCGUCGUCACAAAGGCGACGACACACUGAAAUGGGGCGAUGAGGUGGAGUACAUUGUCCUUGAGUUUGAUCAUCAGAACCGAAAAGUCCGCCUAGCGCUGCGCGCCUCAACCGAGCUCCUGACGACACUUCAGAAACCUGAAGAGGCAGGCGAGACUGACUUGUCCUCACUGUGGCGACCGGAGUUUGCGGCGUACAUGAUCGAGGGAACGCCCGGCGUGCCGUACGGCAACAUGUUUGCCUUCUUUAAGGACAUUGAGGAGAAUAUGCGCCUUCGUCGACGGGAGGUGAUGUCGCUGUUGAGACCAAACGAGGCCAUUCUCUCCAUCAGCUCAUUUCCUCGAUCUGGCACUCUGGACAGCUGCUCGCCGCCGACUUUUGUCGGCACUGUGGAUGGCACCUCCAAGUCGCUCUUCUUUCCUGAUGAAGCCAUCAAUCCGGGCCACCCUCGCUUUGGCACCCUUUCGAAGCACAUCUGCGAGCGACGCGGCGGCCCGGCCAACAUUCAGGUGCCCAUCUUCAGGGACGUGAACACUGCCAGCCCCUUUGUGGAGGACUUCUUUGCGCAGAUGAACAUCGAUCGGGCGAGGCGGUACCGCCAGGCGGACCACAUUUUCCUCGACUCGAUGGGCUUCGGCAUGGGCUGCUGCUGUCUGCAGGUCACUUUUGGCGCCUCGAAUGUCUGCGAAGCUCGCCUCCUCUACGACCAGCUCACCCCGCUGACGCCCAUUCUCAUGGCGAUGAGCGCCGCCUCGCCCGCCCACCGCGGCUACCUCACUGACCGUGACUGUCGCUGGGCAAUCAUCGCCGGCUCGGUGGACGACCGAACCGAGGCCGAGAUCACGGGCACUGAUCCGGCCACCGGCGAGGCGAUCACCACCGUUCGGCGCAUUCCCAAGUCGCGCUACGACUCCGUCGACCUGUACAUCUACCCCACCAACAAGAUCUACAAUGACAUUGAGAUAGUGCGCAAUGAGAAGGCCUACAGCCGGCUGAUUGAGUCAGGUGUGGAUGAACUGCUCGCCGAACACAUCUCUCACCUCUUUAUUCGCGACCCGCUGGUGCUGUUCAAGGAAAAACUUGACAUUGACGACAAGACAGAGUCGGAUCAUUUUGAGAACAUUCAAUCUACCAAUUGGCAAAGUAUGCGCUUUAAACCGCCACCACCUGGUGCUAAGGAAAUUGGAUGGCGUGUGGAGUUUCGUCCGAUGGAAGUUCAGCUGACUGAUGAAGAGAAUGCUGCUUUUGUCGUUUUCAUCGUUUUGAUGACCCGUCUAAUUCUUUCUUUCAACCUUGACAUGUUGAUUCCAAUCUCUCGCGUUGAAGAGAACAUGAAAGAAGGCCAAAAACGCAAUGCCGUUUUGGACGGAUUGUUUUGGUUUCGCAAGGACCUCUCAUUGCCGCAAUGUGUUCUUACGCAUUUUGCAGCAAAUGAAUGCGAAGCGGCGGCUCGUAUUCAAGAGCAAGUUACUCCGUGUUUAAAACGGAAUGACGUUACAAAGGAAACAAUGUACACAAAAUCGGUCAAAAUGAGCGUCGAUGAAAUAAUUAAUGGAUCGCAUAAGAAGAAGUUCCCCGGGUUACUGCCACUGCUGCAUGCAUAUUUGGAUUCAAUGAAAAUUGAAGCACUGACACGGUGCAGCAUCAACAAGUAUCUGCAAAUUAUUGCCAAUCGUGCAAACGGCACCAACCCAACUCCAGCUAAUGUUAUUCGCAGUUUUAUUUAUAAUCAUCCGGACUACAAACAGGACUCCAUUGUCAACGACUCUGUGAACUAUGAUUUGAUGAAACAGAUUUGGAGUCUUCAAAAAGAUGAAAUUACUCUUAAAGAUUUGUUAGACAGUUGUCCUUAA